GACCUAAAAGCUCACCCCUGAAAUUUCAUAGGCGUCUUGAUAAACGCCACCCACCCUCAGCAUCAAUUCCAAUUCUCUUUGCUUUCGAUUUUUCUCUUCUUUUAAUACCUGCUGAUCUUUGUGUUUUGAGAGAAAAUGAGAGAGUGCAUUUCGAUUCACAUUGGUCAAGCCGGUAUUCAGGUCGGCAAUGCUUGCUGGGAGCUUUACUGCCUCGAGCACGGCAUUCAGCCUGAUGGCCAGAUGCCAAGUGACAAAACUGUUGGCGGAGGUGAUGAUGCUUUCAACACCUUUUUCAGUGAAACUGGUGCGGGAAAGCACGUCCCUCGUGCUAUCUUUGUUGAUCUUGAGCCCACUGUUAUUGAUGAAGUCAGGACUGGAGCAUACCGCCAGCUUUUCCACCCCGAGCAACUCAUCAGUGGAAAGGAAGAUGCUGCCAACAACUUUGCCCGUGGCCACUAUACCAUUGGGAAAGAGAUUGUUGAUCUCUGCUUGGAUCGUAUCCGAAAGUUAGCUGAUAACUGCACUGGCCUUCAAGGGUUUUUGGUGUUCAAUGCUGUUGGAGGUGGUACUGGUUCUGGUCUUGGGUCACUUCUCCUGGAGAGGCUCUCUGUUGACUAUGGCAAAAAAUCAAAGCUUGGUUUCACUGUAUAUCCAUCCCCGCAAGUUUCCACAUCAGUUGUAGAGCCCUACAACAGUGUCCUUUCAACUCACUCUCUCCUUGAGCAUACUGAUGUUGCUGUGCUCCUUGACAAUGAGGCCAUCUAUGACAUUUGUAGGCGCUCUCUUGACAUUGAGCGUCCAACUUACACCAAUCUUAACCGCCUUGUUUCUCAGGUGAUCUCAUCUUUGACUGCCUCAUUAAGGUUUGAUGGAGCUCUUAAUGUGGAUGUUACUGAGUUCCAAACCAACUUGGUUCCAUACCCCAGGAUCCAUUUCAUGCUUUCCUCUUAUGCCCCCGUCAUCUCCGCAGAGAAGGCAUACCAUGAGCAGCUCUCUGUGGCUGAGAUAACCAACAGUGCUUUUGAGCCAUCAUCCAUGAUGGCCAAGUGUGACCCACGUCAUGGCAAGUACAUGGCCUGCUGCCUGAUGUAUAGAGGUGAUGUUGUGCCCAAGGAUGUGAAUGCAGCUGUGGCUACCAUCAAGACCAAGCGCACAAUCCAGUUUGUUGACUGGUGCCCAACUGGGUUCAAGUGUGGCAUCAACUACCAGCCACCAACUGUUGUUCCAGGAGGCGACCUUGCUAAGGUUCAGAGGGCUGUUUGCAUGAUUUCCAAUUCGACAAGUGUUGCAGAAGUCUUCUCUCGCAUUGACCACAAGUUUGAUCUCAUGUAUGCCAAGCGUGCGUUUGUGCACUGGUAUGUUGGCGAGGGUAUGGAGGAAGGAGAGUUCUCAGAGGCUCGUGAGGAUCUUGCUGCCCUGGAGAAGGAUUAUGAGGAGGUUGGGGCUGAAUCUCCUGAUGGAGAGGAUGGUGAUGAAGGAGAUGAGUACUGAUAAUAGGAAGUGUACUUCCUUUUGUGUUUUUGUUUGGCUGCUAUGAGUUUGCUUAGACCAUGUCUGUUGGUACGUGUGAUCUUUGGUAUUGUAAUAAAAAAAAUACAAGGAUUGGAGCCCUAUUGUUAAUUUUCUCUA